AUAAUCGGUGCUUUCGCACACGCUUUCCCUCCUUGGGCCCACGCCCGGUCCGAAGAAAUUUGUGGGCGGCCUUGACUCCACCCAUUCCGUCCCCCAAAGGGUUCUAUUCGUGCUCGUCUUCUUUGGUUGCCAUUGGCGUCCAUGGUGGUGGUGCCCUAAUUUUACAGAUGAUGAAGACGAUGGCGACUAGGGAGGGGGGCAUCGCCACAAUUUCGACCGCAUCAAUUGCCAAGUCAUUGUUGUUAUUGUUUUUGUGGCUUGCGAUCUCUGUGACGAGCGCAACGAGCCAGCCUUCUGGAAUUGACGAAGGAGAUGAUGGCGGAGGAGCAGUAUUCACAGUGAGUUCCAAAUUCGCGGGGAUGGACCGGUCCCUGAGUGCCAUGAAAGCUCACGAUAGCCUCCGCCACCUUCAAAUGCUCGCAGGCGUCGACCUCCCCUUGGGCGGGACCGGCCGCCCCGAUGCUGUCGGGCUUUACUAUGCUAGGAUAGGGAUUGGGACACCUUCUAGGGACUACUAUGUGCAAGUAGAUACCGGGAGUGACAUAAUGUGGGUUAACUGCAUUCAGUGCACAAAAUGCCCAAAAAAAGGCUACCACGGUCUGGAACUUACGCUGUAUGAUCCAAAGGACUCACUCACUGGAGAAUUGGUUUCUUGCGAUCAACAGUUUUGUGUGGAGAUAAGUGGAGGUCCUGUAUCCGAUUGUAGUGCUAACGUGUCCUGUUUGUAUACUGAACUAUAUGGGGAUGGAAGCUUCAGUCUUGGGUACUUUGUGAAGGACAUUGUACAAUAUGAUCGAGUGUCUGGAGAUCUCCAAACUAAAUCUGCAAAUGGAAGUGUCAUCUUUGGGUGCGGUGCCAGACAGUCUGGGGAUCUAGAUUCAUCUGAUGAAGCACUUGAUGGAAUACUUGGUUUUGGAAAAUCAAAUUCUUCUAUGCUCUCACAACUAGCUUCGACUGGAAGAGUGAGAAAGAUGUUUGCACAUUGCUUGGAUGGUGUAAAUGGUGGUGGUAUUUUCGCAAUUGGACAUGUUGUUGAACCAAAAGUUAACACAACUCCUUUGGUGCAAAACACGCCGCAUUACAAUGUCAAUAUGACAGCAGUUGAAGUUGGUCGUGAGUUUCUAAAUCUUACAGGAGAUGUCUUUGAGAUUGGAAACAAGAAAGGGACAAUAAUUGAUAGUGGUACAACUUUGGCUUAUCUUCCUCAAGUGAUUUACGAGCCGCUAGUAAAAACGAUACUCUCUUGGCAGUCUGAUUUGAAUCUACGCACUCUUCAUGAUCAGUAUUUAUGCUUUCAGUACUCAGAAAGCGUUGAUGAUGGUUUUCCUCCAGUAACUUUUCAUUUUGAAAGUUCGCUUUCUUUGACGGUUUAUCCGCGCGAGUAUCUAUUUCCCUUUGAAGGCUUAUGGUGUUUUGGUUGGCAAAACAGCGGGAUGCAAUCCAGAGAUACCAUGAACAUAACCCUUUUGGGAGAUUUGGUACUCUCAAAUAAGUUGGUCUUAUAUGAUCUUGAGAAUCAAGUCAUUGGAUGGACGGAAUACAACUGCUCUUCAAGCAUUCAGUUAAAGGAUGAGGUCACUGGAUCGGUACAUUUAGUAGGUGCCCACUAUCUGUCUCCUGCUUGGAGGCUGAGCACCCAAUGGUCUAUAAUCUUCUUGUUGACAACUGCUCUGCUGCAUGAUUUAGUUUACUGAAGUUCCACCAGCAAUUAGAAAUCCAGAUGCCAGUAGUUAAGAGUAGAAACUAUCAGAAACUGAUACAACCUCAUAAAAAGAUAAGUUGGGUAAAUGACAAAUCAGAUUGCGCAAAAAGAAAAUUAUACUAAUGUUUUUGGGAACUUUGGGUUAAGUUUUUGCUCCCAUAGUUGAUUAUUAGAGACAAUACAGAUCUGUAUAUUGGAAUUGUGUAGUUUUCAGCUGAAUUUAGUGUAUAUGCUGUAUGUAUAUAUGUAUUGUAUGUAUGUAAUAAACUUUUUUUUUAACCUGAUUUAUAGCAUAAGCAAAAGGGUGGUUGUUUUGCU